AACUGACAGCAUUCGGAGAAGAUUUGCUGUCCGAAAAUGAUUAAAAAGAGUCCCGGCGCAGCGGAUUGAUAGGAAAGUAAUUUGCAUGAUCUCGUGAAGCGUUUGCCGGCGUAACCGACAUUUUCGUAACCGACGAAGGUUGAUCGAGAAGGAUCCAAUAUAUAAAUAUAUAUAUAUAGAGAGAGAGUGUAUUAUUUCUUUUGUGUUUACGUUUAGUCAUGCCUGGAUAUUCAGAUAGAGAUCGAGGAAGAGAUAGGGGGUAUGGGAGCAGCGCGCCUCGGUUUGGAGGCGGCCGAAGCGGUCCUCCGCCCGGUAAAUUCGGCAACCCGGGCGAGAGACUGCGUAAAAAACACUGGAACCUUGACGAGCUUCCAAAAUUCGAGAAGAACUUCUAUAAGGAGCACCCUGAUCUUACCCGGAGAUCGAUGCAAGAGGUAGAACAGUAUAGAAAGGCAAAAGAAGUUACAGUGAAAGGUCGAGAUUGUCCCAAGCCCAUCAUAAAGUUCCACGAAGCCGCCUUCCCCAAUUAUGUAAUGGAGGUAAUCAACAAGCAGUCGUGGACUGAGCCCACCCCAAUCCAGGCUCAGGGCUGGCCGCUUGCUCUUAGCGGGAAAGACAUGGUUGGCAUCGCCCAGACAGGCUCUGGAAAAACCCUCGCUUACUUGUUGCCAGCCAUUGUGCAUAUUAACCACCAGCCCUUCCUCGAGCAUGGGGACGGCCCAAUUUGUCUGGUCCUGGCACCCACUCGCGAGCUGGCCCAGCAGGUGCAACAGGUUGCUGCGGAGUACGGAAAAGCCUCUCGCCUGAAAUCAACAUGCAUCUACGGUGGCGCCCCCAAAGGGCCACAGAUCCGCGACCUUGAGAGAGGGGUUGAGAUCUGCAUUGCCACUCCCGGCCGUCUGAUCGACUUCCUGGAGGCAGGGAAGACCAACCUUCGUCGCUGCACCUACCUGGUGCUGGACGAGGCUGACCGCAUGCUGGACAUGGGCUUCGAGCCACAGAUCCGCAAGAUUGUGGACCAGAUCCGCCCAGACAGGCAGACGCUAAUGUGGAGUGCUACCUGGCCCAAAGAGGUCCGUCAGCUGGCUGAGGACUUCCUGAAGGAGUAUGUUCAGAUCAACAUCGGGGCCCUGCAGCUCAGUGCCAACCACAACAUCCUGCAGAUCGUGGACGUUUGCAAUGAUGGCGAGAAAGAUGACAAACUGAUCCGUUUGCUGGAGGAGAUCAUGAGUGAAAAGGAGAAUAAGACCAUCAUCUUUGUGGAGACUAAAAGAAGAUGUGACGAACUCACCCGGAAGAUGAGGAGAGACGGGUGGCCUGCCAUGGGGAUUCAUGGAGACAAAAGCCAGCAGGAGAGAGACUGGGUUCUGAACGAGUUCAAAUAUGGCAAAGCCUGCAUCUUAAUCGCGACAGACGUGGCCUCCCGUGGUCUUGAUGUGGAGGAUGUGAAAUUUGUCAUCAAUUAUGACUACCCUAACUCGUCUGAGGACUAUAUCCACCGAAUUGGCCGCACGGCCCGCAGUCAGAAAACGGGUACGGCCUACACCUUCUUUACGCCAAACAACAUGAAGCAGGCGGGCGACCUCAUCUCUGUCCUCCGCGAAGCCAACCAGGCCAUCAACCCCAAGCUCUUGCAGAUGGCAGAGGACCGAGGAGGUCGUUCCAGGGGCGGUCGGGGAGGCUACAAGGACGACCGUCGGGACCGGUACUCCAGUGGGGGUAGGAGAGAUUUCGGUAGCUAUAGGGAUAGAGAUGCUGACAGGGCAUACGGUAGUGGACCCAAGGUGCAAAACGGCAGUUACAAUGCCGGCAACAACUACAACAAAGCAAACGGUAGCGGCGGUAACUACACCAGUAACGGCUACGGCGCCAACGGCCAGGCCACCUAUGGCAGCGGGGGGAACCCACCGAAUGCAUUUGGGAAUCAGAACUUCCAGAACCAGCCAUUCCAAGGAAACCAAGCUCCAGCCCAGAAUGGAAUGAGCCACCCACCGUUCCCCUUUAACCCCCCUCAACCCCCUCAGCCUCACCAACAGCCCCCCCAGCCAAUGGUACCCUAUCCAAUGCCCCCUGCAUUCCCUCAGUAAACUAAGGCUGCAGACACACAAAGAUAGAAGUCAUUAUUAUUAUUAUUAUUAUUAUUAUUAUUAUUACUACUAUUACUGUUAUUACUAUUAUUAUUAUUAUUAUUCGUAUUAGUAGUAGUAUUGUUAUCCAUUUGUACUGUUUAUUUUGCUUACAGUGAGGUUGGCGGUAUGCUCAUUAGAGCACCCAGCCUGUUAAAACACAGCGUAAGUGAUCUUGAAGACAGCUGAACGUCAUUAAGUUUUUUUUCUCUUUCUUUUUUGUUACAUUCCUCAGUAAUUUAUUUUUUACUAGGAAAUGCACUUUUUUUGAUUUAUAUGUUAAUGUUUAGAAAUCUGAAAAGAGGACUAUGCAUGGACCCUUAAAAUAAAAGAGGCAAAAAAAACCUGA